UGCCACAGAUCGUUGUUCCCGCCUUCAGCGCUAAUGCACAAACCGCGAUAGGCGUCAUCGCACAGCCUGAAGACCCGCCCGCAGAUGAAGACCAUGUGCGGUCUAUUCUGUUACAGCAUGACUUGGUGGUCCAUUAUAGUCGAAAGCAGCUGACUGCUAAAGAUCUUGUUGAUGGAUCGAAGUAUACUACGCAGAUGGCUCUGUUUGCUGGCGAGCGACAAGAGCACGCUCCAGCUUGGUUUACGGCUGCAGUAGAUGAGCUUCGAGAGGAUAUCAGCGCCAAAAUAGAUGAGCUUCGAGAGGAUAUCAGCACCAAAAUAGAUGACUUGGCUGUCAAGGUCAGCCACAUCUCUAGGGUGGCUGCAGUUGUACACAAUGAGACGCGAGGAUUUGGAGUUGGUGAAAGAUUCGAAAUUGUCCCGUUCAGUGACGGCACUGAUCCUACUGGUGAGGAUGAUCACCUCCCACCCCUCACUUCACGCGCUGCUGUCAAUGGCCUAACGAAUGAGACGGUGGCUGAAUACUAUGCCGGUUAUUAUCCCAAUGGCGUAUGGCUCAAAAAGAGGCUCGAACUUGCCGGAAGAGCGCAGAUCGAUUUCGUGGCUGUAGUCACCCGGAACACCCUGGAUCGUCUCCUUGCUGACAUCGAAUUACUCAGGAGAUUUGCGCCAAUGCGCGUCAGGACCAUCGAGCUCAGUUUCGAAGACUAUUAUUGUGCUACAUAUGAUCUUGAAUCCAUAGCAGAACGCUUGCGAGGCCCAUUUCCAAGACUACAAGUUCUCUCUUUGAAGAACGUCGUACGCCGGUUCGGUCGGAGUCACGCACCACCACCCUUCCUCGACGACUGGGACCUGCUCGACAGAAAUCCCUCGUGCCUCCACGUGUUGACGCUCGUCGAUGUGAAUCCAAAUUUCCACAAGCUUUCCAUCUUUCGCGAUCUCCGCGAACUUUCCGUGGUCGACGCUAACGACAAUCCGCCUACCGUUACCCAAUGGCUGAACCUCUUGCGCGCCAUGCCUCAUCUCACCGACCUCACCAUCAAGGGCACGAUUAGUCCAGAUACUUCAUCCACACAUGACCCAGCACCCGCUCUUCUCCCCAAUCUCGCGACACUGGGCCUUGCAGGGCUUGUAGGAUCCCCAGACGGCAUCGAUACAUUCCUCUCCUAUAUCGAGACCCCGCGUGGAUGUAAUCUCUAUUUCGCAGGUGUUUUCAAGGAUACAUCAAGAUCGUUCCACGGUGGAGGCCUGGUAGCCUGGUUUGGACGCUGGGCAGACGAGAGCUAUAGGAGUCGGUCGUUGCACGCAUGUCAUCUCGACCCAAGCCAUAACAUCAUGCACAACCAGGUUGGACCGGCACCGUGGCCGGGCCUGUGGUUCCGUAUUUCGCUCACGAAGGAGCGGAGAAACGUUCGACAACGACAACUAGCAUUGUCGCUCGCGACUGUGCUGGACAAAGCCAUCGCGAGAACCGAAUACCUCACCCUUUGGACGCCCGCGGGCCGCCCUCCCGUAUGAG